ACUCAUCAACUCUCUACUCUAUCUCAGUUUCUCAUCACCAACACUAGCUACCAGUCUCUUUCUAAGCACACAAAACACUCACUUGUGUCUCUCUUCGAUCAUCUCUCUAGUUCUGCUUCAGCUAGCUUGUAGCCAUGGCCAAGGACAUUGAAGUAGGUGGUUUUGCUGCCAAGGACUACCACGACCCACCCCCAACACCAUUGAUCGAUCCGGAGGAGUUUGGAAAAUGGUCUUUUUACAGAGCCAUCAUUGCCGAGUUCAUCGCUACGCUUUUGUUCUUGUACAUCACUGUGCUCACUGUGAUUGGAUACAAGAGCCAGAGUGACACUCUCAAAGGUGGAGACCAAUGUGGUGGUGUUGGCAUUCUUGGCAUUGCUUGGGCCUUUGGUGGCAUGAUCUUUGUCCUUGUUUACUGCACUGCCGGAAUCUCUGGAGGGCACAUAAACCCUGCUGUGACAUUUGGGCUGUUUUUGGCUAGGAAGGUGUCACUGCCCAGAGCUGUAAUGUAUAUUGUGGCUCAGUCUUUGGGAGCAAUAUGUGGGUGUGCGCUUGUCAAAUCGUUCCAGAGUGCUUUGUACACCAACUAUGGUGGUGGAGCUAAUGGGCUAGCUGAUGGGUACAACAAAGGCACCGGUUUGGCUGCUGAGAUUAUUGGUACAUUUGUUCUUGUCUACACUGUCUUCUCUGCCACUGACCCCAAGAGGAAUGCCAGGGACUCCCAUGUCCCAGUAUUGGCACCACUACCAAUUGGGUUUGCUGUCUUUAUGGUUCACCUUGCCACAAUCCCAAUCACUGGUACCGGGAUCAACCCCGCAAGAAGUUUAGGAGCGGCAGUGAUUUACAACAAUGAGAAGGCUUGGGAUGACCAUUGGAUCUUCUGGGUUGGACCCUUCAUUGGUGCAGCCAUUGCGGCCAUGUAUCACCAAUACAUACUGAGGGCAGGAGCAGUUAAGGCUUUGGGUUCUUUCAGAAGCUCUUCCAACAUAUAAAUUCAUCGGAGAGGAUUUUAAUGCGUAUUCUAAAUGGUUUGGGAGACUUUAGAAGUUGGAAUUUGGAACCAUAUCAAGGCACUCGUUUUAAACUUGCUUUGAUUCAUUCUGCUCUGUAUUCCUCUGUUUAAUUUAACCAUUUCAGUUUCGCUGCCGAGAGCCGGAGAAUGUAUGAUAUGUGCUAGUCUGUUGUACUUUUUUUUUUUUUAGUUCAACAGGAGACAGGAGAGCAGAGUGUUUUCCCACCUCGAAUUUAUUAAUAAAAAAGAAAGAUUACAAAC